AUGGUGCAUUUGGAGUAUGUGUUUGAUCGAGCCAAGGAUUUGCUCAAACGGCCGUUUGUUCGCUACGUUCUUCUUGGUCUUACUUCCUUAAUAUUUGGGUUUCUGUCAUUCAAAUAUGUCUUUCUUAAAUCGGCCAAUCCAAUUGACGAACUAUAUCAAUGCGCUGUACCUUCUAUGAUCUAUGUCCCUCCAAUGAUCAAUAAAGUGAUUGCCAUUCAAGAAGAAGAAUUUAUGACACGCCGUGAGAGACUCGCCUCCACUCUGGCUUCCGAAAAUGUUGAUGCCUUUGUCAUGGAGCCGACUAUUUCUAUGAACUAUUAUGCCAAUGUCUCCUCCAACGCUUGGGGCUUGUCCGAACGUCCCUUUUUGGGAAUUGUUUUCGCCGACGAGGAAUCUUCUGGAACAACUGUAUUUUUCUUGCUUCCAAAAUUUGAACUUCCUCGCGCAAAAGAACUGGUGGGUGAUAAAUUGUUCGCAAAAUAUAUUACAUGGGAUGAGGAUGAAAAUCCCUAUCAAGUUUUAUAUGACAUCCUUGGACCCUCUAAGCUAAUGAUUGAUGGAACAGUACGAAACUUUAUUGCUCAAGGACUACAGCAAAAUGGAUUUGAGAUUGUGGGUCUAUCUCAAAAUGUAUCUAGUCUUCGUGAAAUCAAGAGCAAUGCAGAAAUUGAUAUUAUGUUCCGGGUAAAUAUUGCUACAAUCUCUGUAAUCCGAUCUAUUCAGCCCUGUCUAAAACCUGGAAUAACAGAGCUUCACUUAGCCGAAACUAUAAACAGACUUUUUAAUUAUGGUGGUCUUCCAUCCCAAGAUAGUCCGAUCGUUUUAUUUGGUGAACGUGCAGCUAUGCCUCAUGGUAUGCCUUCUGAACGUUCAUUGAACAAAAAUGAAUUUGCUUUGAUUGACAUUGGAACUGAACUUUUGGGUUAUCACAGCGACUGCACUAGAACAGUCCUUCCGAACGAUCAAAAAAUGACCGAAGAGAUGGAGAAGAUAUGGAAUAUCGUCUUCAAAGCACAAACAGCUGGAAUUAAUGCCCUUGGAAAUUCUAACCGUACUUCAUGUGCAAGUGUUGACCAAAUUGCAAGAGAUGUUAUUCGUGAAGCUGGCUACGGCGAUUAUUUUACUCACAGAUUGGGUCAUGGGUUGGGUUUGGAGGAGCACGAGAAUACUUAUUUAAAUUCCGCAAAUAAUAAUACGUAUGUUCAGAAAGGCAAUAUAUUUACUGUUGAGCCAGGAAUUUAUAUUCCCAAUAAGAUUGGAGUACGCAUUGAAGAUGCUGUUCUUGUUUCUGACCUUCCCGUUCUUUUAACAAACUUUAGGGCAAACAGCCCCUAUGAACCAUAA